GAGUUUCGUGAGAAAACGAUCAAUUUAUAAACAGUCUGCCUAAAACCGAACGUCGACCAAGUCUACCGUUCUGGAGAUGUGAUGGAUUAUAACGGCUUGUUCCCGAAAAAGCGGGUUUAAAUGCAUAAUCAACGGAGACAAGAGACGGGAUAAACAAGGGGCAGCGUUAGCAGGCGAGCGAGAGCAAUUGCAGAAGACAAAGGUAACUGUGCUACGAACUAUGUGAUGAAUUAACAGUCGAGAAGAACAGUUGGGAGUGUGCAGGAGGCAGAGUUUGAAAAAAGCUCCAGAGAUUGUCUUUUGAAAUAUGAACAGAGCGACAUGCUUGUUUUUGUCUCCAUCUCUUUCAUUGGAAUCCACAGAUGAGCUCUCGGUGGUCGGGAAGCAUAACAACCCUAACACGACGAUGCCCUGAAAUGGUAAUGACAGUCAUUAUGAGAAGCUAAACUGUAACCGUUAGAGACAUAUAUGCUCUUCAUGGAUAUACAGGGAGAAAGGAGAGAUUCGUUUAAAAACACAUGAUCAGGAAAAAAUGAUAGUUUGAGAGGCUAUAGCUUAGAUGUUUGAAGGGACAUGUAUUCGAUUCGUUGCGUUCAAGUCGAAAAUCGAACUCAAGCCACGAACGCUGGCACUCUGAAAUCUAUAACCAAACGCACAAACCACUGCAGAGAUUGAGUGGCUUUUCCCACAUUAUUUUCUUGCUAAGUGUGUAUACUUGAAGACUAUAGGCUACAUGUUGAUGAAAGAGACGGACAUAGAUCUACUUAUGAUAUAGUUUCAACGAAAGCACAUAGCGGUCUAUAGGCUACUUUCAGCACCUCGGACAGCGACCACAAUGACACGGCUGCGCAAGAAAGCUUUCAUUGCACUUUUCUUAUUCACUCUCUUCAUCUUCGGGACGAUGAUGGGCCUCAGAACACUGAAACCCAGCGAUGGCUUCUCAGACCUGGCCCCGGGCAUGGGAGAGUUUGUGAGGGAAAGAGGAGGCGACCAUCGACGGCCAGUCUCAAACGACAUGGUAGUUUCCCCUGGUCAGUCCCAUCUAGCCAGCGACACCAAAGUCGUCUUCACAAAAUCCGACCGUGACUACAGUAUAUUCUACGACGUACAAAUAUUCUAUUACCUGUGGUAUGGCACCCCACAGAUGGACGGUAAAUAUAUUCACUGGGACCAUGUUCUAGUGCCGCACUGGGACCCUAAGAUCGCCCCCAGCCACGCCAAAGGAAGACAUACUCCUCCAGAGGACAUAGCGUCGAGUUUCUUCCCGGAACUAGGACCAUACAGUUCGAGAGACCCCUCCGUGCUGGAGUCACAUAUGUCGCAGAUUGAAGCGGCUGCAGCAGGUGUACUGGUUCUGUCCUGGUACCCGCCUGGCAUUGCAGACAACCAUGGUGAGCCAUGUGAAGACCUGGUGCCUGCUGUCAUGGACGCUGCCCACAGACACAGCAUCAAGGUGGCGUUCCACAUCCAGCCAUACAAGGGUCGGACCGACCUCAGCAUGCAUGAUAACAUCAAAUACAUUAUUGACAAGUACGGGAACCACCGCGCCUUCUACCGCUUCAGGUCGACCACGGGGCGGAUCCUUCCUCUGUUCUACGUCUAUGACUCCUACCUGAUCCCGCCUGAAGCCUGGGCCGACCUGCUCCACCCCGCCGGCGCCCACACCCUCCGCGGCACGCCAUACGACGGUGUCUUCCUCGCCCUGGUCGUAGAGGAACGCCACAAACAUGAAAUCCUGGCCGGUGGCUUCGACGGCAUGUAUACGUACUUCGCCUCCAACGGCUUCUCCUUCGGCUCCUCUCACCAGAACUGGAAGGCGGUUAAGGCCUUCUGUGAUGGUAACAACCUGCUGUUUGUGCCCAGCGCCGGGCCGGGAUACGUCGACACCGCAGUGAGGCCAUGGAACAACCACAACACGAGGAACAGGGUCAACGGUCGCUAUUACGAGACUAGCCUGCAGGCGGCGUUGUCUGUGCGGCCGGAGAUCGUGACCAUCACGUCAUUCAACGAGUGGCACGAGGGGACACAGAUUGAGAAGGCGGUGCCUAGGAAGACGGUGUCGCGGCUGUAUCUCGACUACCAGCCCCACCGGUCAGAUCUGUACCUGGAACUCACCAGGAAGUGGGCCGAACACUUCAACAAGGAGAAAGACAAGUGGCUCAUGUAGUGGACAGGACUCCUGACUGGACUGGGUUCGAUGGGAAUAAUGCCUUUUGGGUGUGACUGGAGCAAGUAAAACUGAGGAGCUUUUCACACUACUGAGCUGAGCCGGACCGAACCAAACCAAGCUGCAUUGAGCUGGCCUGGUUAGUGGUUACACGUUCUCUAUAGUUGCUGGAACCAUGCUGAAAAGAAAAAUGUGGAAAGAAAAUAGCACAGACAGAAGUUUGAUUUGGGUCAGCAUGAUAGUUUGAAAAGGGAAGGAGUGGCCUCACUGCUGGGUAUUCUGGGUCGAUAUGAAUAUACAUUCCUCUAUGUAUUUAUUUAGACAGUGAAGCUAAAACUUGCAAAUGUGGCCCUAUACUCCAGCAUUUUGGAUUUGAGAUAAAAUAUUUCAUAUUAGGUGAUAGUACAGAAUGUCACCUUUUAUUUGAGGGUAUUUUCAUACAUAUGUUUUACUGUUUAGAAAUGAAAUACCUUAAUGUAUCUAGUCCCCCAAUUUGAAUACCUUAUUUUUUCACAAGUAUUUGGACAAAUUCACUUAUAGCGUAUUAAAGUAGUCAAAAGUGUAGCAUUUGGUCCCAUAUUCCUAGCACGCAAUGACUACAUCAAGCUUAUGACUCUACAAACUUGUUGGAUGCAUUUGCAGUUUGCUUUGGUUGUUUAUCGGAUUAUGUUUUUCCCAAUAGGAACUAAAUGGUCAUUAUAAACUGGGUGGUUCGAGCCCUGAAUGCUGAUUGGCUGACAGCCGUGGUAUAUCAGAUCGUAUACCAUGUGUAUGACAAAACAUUUAUUUUUACUUCUCUAAUUACGUUGGUAACCAGUUUAUAAUAGCAAUAAGGCACGUCGGGGGUUUGUGGUAUAUGGCCAAUAUACCACGGCUAAGGAUUGAAUCCAGACACUCUGUGUUGCGUAGUGCAUAAGAACAGCCCUUAGCUGUGGUAUAUUGUCCAUAUACCACACCCCCUCGUGCCUUAUUGCUUAAAUAAUGUACUGGAGUCACUUUUAUUGCUUCAUUGUCCAAAUAAGUACAAAGGGGAGUGUAUGCCUUUGACUGGAACAAAUGGGACUGAGACUGCUCACACCAUUGACUUAGGCCAGGUGGAAUUGUUGCUCUCAGAGGGCAAGAUGGAGGUUCCACUAUAUUGCUUACACCUAUCCAAUCCUCUCAGAUCUGCCAAAGUGUCUAGGGGGAGAGGGCUAGGGGUUGAUUUGGGAUUCAGGGGUACACUCAUGAUUUAACCUGUCUCUGUGUUCAUCAACUCUUCGGUUCUUCUCUCAAAUGAACAUUCCAGAGGACUUUUUAUCACGAUACCUGGUUUCUUUUUGAACAUCUGAAUAUACAACAAAGUUUAAUCGGUUGGUUUACCUCGACUUAUGUUAGUGGCAAGAAACGCUCUGUUUUGAGUAACUUAAGUAUAUUCCUUUCAAAUUAGUUCUGUUAUGAUGAUCGCCACAGUAAUGAUAGAGCAUUGGGGUUGUGUAGUGUGGGUGAAUUCUGUUGUGAUGAUAGAGCAUUGGGGUUGUGUAGUGUGGGUGAAUUUUGUUGUGAUGAUAGAGCCAUUGGGGUUGUGUAGUGUGGGUGAAUUCUGUUGUGAUGAUAGAGCCAUUGGGGUUGUGUAGUGUGGGUGAAGUCUGUUGUGACGAUAGAGCAUUGGGGUUGUGUAGUGUGGGUGAGCUUUGAGCCUUUCUGACUUAUUCUUUCCUGUAUUACUUUGAAAUGGUGAAAGGAAACAGACAAUACGUUUAUUUAUCUGAGAAUACUUUGUGUGUUUGAAAUAGAGUGGUUUCGACUAAGCCAAAUCAGCAACGGUCAGAUCAACCAUUUGGGAAGGAGCCUGUUCUGUAUUACACUCUUCUAUCAUUGUCCUGCCAAACUGUAAUAGCUACUUUAUCACUCAACUCAAUUAGAAACCAUGGGGUCAGUGCUGAAUCUGUUGACUACCAACACC